UUGGAGAGUGGGAGCGCAGUUGCCGGUUUUCCUUUGCCUGGAGCAAGAUCUACCGCCACUCUCCCUUUAUAUAGACGGUAGACUAACCAACGGCACUUUAGUCAACACGGAUCCAGAUUGUUCUCAUUUUCCUCUUCUGCCCCCUCUCUCCUUUUUUCUCACCCCCUGAUCAGGCUUAAACACCCUGUGUUUUGUAAAGGCAAUUGUUUGAGUGCAUCAUCACGGGAGCCAAAAGGAGGUUUGCCACUGUUCCAUAGGACACCGCGGGCUGCUGGAGCGUCAUGACAGCUGAGAAGAGUGGGCCCGUUGUAAACGGUAAACCAGAGGAGGGCAGAGACCCGGAAGGGUCCAGCGCCAGCCUCGACAAGCAGAAAUACAAUGAGAGGGGGCACUGGAACAACAAGAUUGAGUUUUUCCUGUCCGUGGCUGGAGAGAUCAUCGGGCUGGGCAACGUCUGGAGGUUUCCUUACCUCUGCUACAAGAAUGGAGGAGGUGCAUUCUUCGUUCCAUACGUCAUCUUCUUUGUGUGCUGCGGUAUCCCUGUGUUUUUCCUGGAGACCGCCCUGGGUCAGUUCACCAGCGAGGGAGGCAUCACCUGCUGGAGGAAAGUGUGCCCGCUCUUUGAGGGGAUCGGUUAUGCUACGCAGGUGAUUGAAGCUCAUCUUAACGUGUACUAUGUAGUAAUCCUCGCCUGGGCCAUCUUCUACCUCUUCAACUGCUUCACCACCGAGCUGCCGUGGGCAACCUGUGGGCACUACUGGAAUACAGAUAACUGUGUCGACUACUAUGGAGAUAAUUCCACCAACAUUACAAACCUAAAUGCAACCUCACCAGUCAUUGAGUUCUGGGAACGCAGAGUACUGAAGAUUUCAGAUGGUAUUGAGCACAUGGGGGGAAUGCGCUGGGAGCUCGCCAUGUGUCUGGCUCUGGCCUGGUUCAUCUGCUACUUCUGCAUCUGGAAGGGACCCAAGUCAACUGGCAAGGUUGUGUAUGUGACAGCCACAUUUCCUUAUGCCAUGUUGCUGGUCCUGCUGAUCAGAGGAGUGACGCUGCCAGGAGCAUACGAAGGCAUCAAGUUCUACCUCUACCCGGACAUGUCACGUCUCUCCGACCCUCAGGUGUGGGUGGAUGCUGGAACCCAAAUCUUCUUCUCCUAUGCCAUCUGCUUGGGCUGUCUCACUGCUUUGGGAAGUUACAAUUCCUACAACAAUAACUGCUACAGGGACUGCCUCAUGCUGUGUUGUCUUAAUAGCGGCACCAGCUUCGUAGCAGGUUUCGCUAUAUUUUCUGUGCUGGGCUUCAUGGCCUUGGAACAAAAUGUUCCCAUCGAGGCUGUAGCAGAAUCGGGUCCUGGUCUUGCAUUCAUCGCAUACCCUAAGGCUGUCACUAUGAUGCCCCUGUCUCCACUUUGGGCAUGUCUCUUCUUUAUGAUGCUCAUCUUCCUCGGUUUGGACAGUCAGUUUGUUUGUGUGGAGAGUUUAGUGACAGCUGUGGUGGACAUGUACCCAGAGACCUUUAGGAGAGGCUACCGCAGAGAGCUGCUGAUUCUGGGCAUGUCUAUAUUCUCCUUCUUCGUAGGACUCAUCAUGUGUAUGGAGGGAGGAAUGUACGUCUUCCAGCUGUUUGACGCGUACGCCGCCAGCGGGAUGUGUUUGCUGUUUGUGGCCAUAUUUGAGUCCAUAUGUAUCGGCUGGGUGUACGGCAGUGACAGAUUCUACCUAAAUAUUGAGGAUAUGAUUGGCUACAAACCUGUCUACUUCAUCAAGUGGUGCUGGAUGAUCCUGACCCCGGGCAUCUGUGCUGCAAUUUUCCUGUUCUUCCUGAUUAAAUACAAGCCGCUGAAAUACAACAACGUGUACACCUACCCUGACUGGGGCUACGGGAUUGGCUGGUUCAUGGCCAUGUCCUCGAUGGUCUGCAUCCCUGUGGGGAUGAUCUGGAUGAUCUGCAAGACUCCCGGGACCUUCUCUGAGAGGAUAAAAAAGUUGACGACUCCCAGCCCGGACCUGAAAAUGAGAGGGAAGCUCGGCGCCCUCAGUCCUUAUGCUGCCAACGAUGCAAAGCCUCAGGUGGAUGGAAAAAUGUCCACCGUCUCAGAGAAGGAGACACAUUUCUAACCAACCGCCUGACUGAGAGACCAAGCUGCCUGCCCUCCUCACAAUAAGUCCAACAAAGGAAAACUACAGCAAAACACAGCCCCAUUAUCCCCCUCCGCACAAAACAGGAGAUUAAACAAAUGUUAAAUAAAUAAGCGUUAUUUUUGUUUUGUAAAAAAAAGAAGCAAAAAGAAAGCAAAAGCUAUCAUUAUGAUUAUUAUUAUUAUUAUUAGCUACAUUAUUCGUAGUCUGUUUCCGUUUUUCACAAACUUUAAUAGAACAGUUGUUGUUUUUUCUGUUAACAUUGUGAGUAAAGCAGCGUCUUUUUUUUCUAACCAUUAAUAUUUUAAAAUCAGUUUGACGACAUCCACUUUAAGGUUAAAACCUGUGUUGGUACUUUGUCAGUUCUGAUCACACUAGUGUCCGGAGGCCUGUAGAACGAUACCAAUGCACUGUGUUGCAAAUGACUUACAAUGUACAUUUAUCGGCAAAGGGCUGUGCUUCUCUAUUAGGUACUAGGUACCCAAAUGUGACUUUCCAAGAUGUAGCAGCUUGGAGACCAUUCUACAUAGUUUUGUGUGUUAAAAGAAUACUGCAGUGUGUGUUGGUACCGAGGGCGUACCCUGUACACCCCUGUGAGUUAUAAUUCAGUUGUAUAAAAAGAGUUUUGCCAUCAAGAUGUCGGAUGUUAUCUGAACCGGCUGUGACUGUGAGCGUGGUUUGGCCUUCACUGAUUGUUAUUUACUUUAAUCCAAGGUCGACAUCAGCAAAAACUCUGCUUAUUGGUGUAAUUGAACAAUACUAUCUGCCUAGUCAUAAUCAAUUCAUGAUCAGCAGUAAAAUCUGUGAAAGCAUCUUAAAUUUAUAAAUCUAUUGUUUUGAGCUACGAAGCUUCGCGAGGCCACAAACCGUGAGUGACUCGCAGGCCGAGUCUAAAAACACACGUCUCUCUAGCCGCCCUCCUGUGAGUUGUGGGUGUCUGUCAUUUCACAGCAAUUAAGCUGAGCCUAACGCAGAGUGACGGACCGACGGGCUUCCACCCCUGCAUUUUUUAUUUCUUGUUCCGCCUGUGAAAGAGAAGAUGAACGUCCAUCGGAUGAGCGUUUCAAAACCCAUCUGUCCUCUUACACUCCCCCCCCACCCCCUCUCAGUUAACUCUCUUUACCCUUCUAUCCUUCCCUCUUUUCUCCCCCUUAUCCUCAUCUUUCAUUUACUCCUUUCAGUCACUGCUCGGGCAAUGAUGGUACUCGCCUCGCGCCAAACAUUGAUGCUGCGUGUUCCAUCGGAGAGUUGUGCAUCUGCGGCUGUGUUGCCAUUGAUAGUCUUACCUGACACACACUGUGCACAAAUACAUGAUUUCAUGUUGCCGUCUAAGGAAAAGCGGGACUGAAAGAACAGUCUGUUCCUGUCCUCCAUUUAAUUGUGGUAAAAGUCAAUGAGCUGGUCUCAUUGUUCGAUCCCGGUCCAUUUAAUCGUCAUCCAAUCAGCACUCGAAUAAGAGUUGUCCUCAUACUUCACCUCCUUGCUUCAUCUGGCUUUCUCAUCUCCCGUCCUUUCUUCCCGACUGUUCUUUUUGUUUCCUGAUGAAAAUGCAAUCAGAAAAGAGCACCCCGAGGGGACGAGAUUCAAAUUUCUCACUUUACAGUUUUUCAGGAGGAGGAGAAGAGAGCGGGGGAAGAAAUAAGGAAUUGAUGAGCCGAGGAAGUGUGUAAUCGAGUAAGUAACGAGGGAAAUUGAGGAAGUGUUUAGUGACUGAGCCCCUCCUGUCUAAGCUGUGACAUCCUCUUAAACAUGUGAUUGGUCCCGCUGGCGUGGUUGCAUUGCGACAUUAUUGCCUCCUCACUGAUGUUUGUGUAUGUUAAUAGUUGUGUGCAUUGGAAACGAUAGCCUACUGUUUAACACUGAUAUCGUUGAUGUAUAUUUUUACAUCUCCUUCUAGAAAUCUGUGGUCUAUUUCAUGACAUUUCUGUAUUAAAGAGAAUAUGACCUUUGAUUUGACUUGAUAUGUUGCUCAAAAGAUCUUGUUAUAGAAAUAUAAUGAAAGGUGUUUUACUGUUCUGUAAUGUUGGUAUUCACAGGACACAUGAACUGUCUGCUUACUCAUUUUUAAGAAUAAAUAUUAUGAAGAAAAAAA